AGUAGACGUGCAGUUCUUUUGAUUGUCAAGAUUUUCUUUGAAAAAGAAAAUUUUAAUAUAAUCUCGUAACAUUUCAUUCAUUUUAGAGAAAACGUCUUCUCUCAAAUUUUAUGUACGACUUUCACCGGAUACAUAGUUAAUUAGAUUAGACAAUUCAGAGGUUGCAAAUCAUUUCGCAUAUCAGUGAAUAAAUCUUACAAUGUACCCGUGCGUAUGGUCAGUUACUGAUAUAACUCUCUGAUGUACUGUGUGGUUCGUUUAAGUGACAAAGCAAAAGCGUCGGCUCCCACUCAACACUAUUAUCCCAUCCGUGAUUACGUUGCGCCGGGAACUGGGCACUCGGGUUAGUCGCCGCGGGGACUCCAAAGCGGUAAAUACGGAGUCGCAAAUCCUGCUCCGCAUCAUUUAUCGUCAGGAUUUCGAUUUGAAAAUGGUGCAGCAAGAUUUGACUUAGGUGUUGGGGACGGUGUUACAUGAGUCAGUGACGGUGGGGGAUGGAUGUAGGGAGCUCAAGGGUGUGACUUGUGGUCGAGACAGGCUGACUCAGUGUUAGUGCAGUGUUGUGUAGUGUCUAGUCAUAGUGUGAGUGGCUAUUGAGCCGGGAUGCCCUCCGUGAUGUUGUCCGCAGUGCUUGAAGAGGAGCCCGACCUGUAUGAGGCAUUUCCACCUCAUGUUGAUCCCUCUGGUAUCACCAUACUAACAGAUAGUCCACCAGGCAAAAAAGCACCACUCAAGACCUUCGAGGAACUUCAACCUAUUCUCCAGCAGGGCCGCAAACGUGAACUUAAGCUACUCAUCAGGGAGAACUCCUGGCCGAUCAACAGCCCGAUUCGCGCCUCCCUUUGGCCGGCUCUUUGUCGACAGCAUCAACAUGGCAAAUCCAUGCUCGAUGGAUUCUACUGGGACAUGGUUACGCAGGUUUUCGGUACAGUUGAGCUGCCGGACAAGCCGAUCAUGCUCCCGCCGUUCGUGGAGGCGACCCACUGUCUGGGCUACCACCUGACCCGCAAGGGCCGGGCGGUCGCCGACAGAGUCGUCUCUGUGCUCGGCUACGCCUGCCCUGACAUCACUUACAGCCCCAGCCUCUACCCCAUCACCGCCGCCUUACUACACUUCAUGCCGGAGGAGGAGUGUUAUCACUGCAUGGCAAGUUUGGUCGCGUCGAAAGAGAAGAUGUUCAUCACACAGACUAAGCUCCUGAACGAGGUCACCUGGAAGACAGUUAUGCAGAUAGCUAAGAAGCAUGCCAAGUCGGCUGCGCAGCACCUGUCGCGACUAUCCGGCGCGAUCGGUCCUGAACGCAUCUACGCCGAUUGGCAGUGGUGGAUCCUUGCCGCCCUGCCCUUCCCCCAUCUCGUACGAGUGCUUGACUGCUUCUUCCACGAAGGAAUAAAGGUAUUCUACAGGGUAGCUCUCGCGAUCCUGAUCCUAUUUCACAAACACUCGACUAACCAGAAUUCGGAAUGGUACGCUGAAGCAACGAAGAAUGGAGUUGAUCACGCAGUCGACAAAUUCUGCAGAAAUAUGCCUGCGUCUCCCACCAAACUUCUAAGAACAGCUUUUAGUAUAAGAGCGUUAAGCUCACAGUACAUAUCCCGAGUGUUUAUAAAGACAGAAAUGACGCUCAAAUCGAAACAGGUGAUAACAGGGUCACGUCUCGUGAGGUCCCGGUCAUCUGACAACCUCCCCACCAGCCAGUCUCAAGUCAACAUUCAGAUGAUGUCUCAUACCCUCACAAUACGCGAGAGAAUGUCUGAGGAAACGUGCAAACAGAUGGGCUCACAUUCGCCGGGCCCGCGCGCCCUUUCGAUGGGCGUUUAUCCAAUCCAAGCGAUCAAGUCGCAGAUUCUAGACCAGAGCGAACUGUUCACUCUCUGGUCGUGGUUGCCGGUGCGCAUCACAAUGUACCAGCCGGUACUCUUGUACACGACGGAGGAGCACGGUUGUUCGCUGACGACGUUCUACGUAAGAGUCGAACACCACGAGCCGACGUUGCUCAUGAUAAAGACUUGCAACAAUGAGGUAUUUGGUGCGUACUGCUCGACGAGAUGGUUCGAACGCAACCAGAAGGACGAGCGCGGUAACAGACAAGCCUACUUCGGUACUGGAGAGACAUUCCUCUUUAGCCUUUACCCGGAGCGCGCCAAGUACCCGUGGGUGGGCUGCUCCAUCGGCGCCGACGGCAAGGGCGAGGAGCGGGUAUCGCACGCCUCCGAACUCUUCAUGGCCGCCGACUCCAAGAUGAUCACGAUCGGAGGAGGCGAGGGACAAGCCAUUUGGAUGGACGAGAACAUCCGGUUCGGUAAAACGGACCGCUGCUCCACCUUCAACAACCCACCCCUCUGCCCGAGCGGGGACUUCGAGAUACGCGUGUUGGAGGUGUACGGCUUCUCCGGAGCCUAGGCCCCGAUGUCGAUAUAUCGAUACCGACAUCGAUACAUCUGCCAGCCGGCCAGACGAUACGGAGUGGUGUAAUCUCGAUUGUGUGUUUAUGAUCGCUCCCGAAUGUCGAUGUCUCGCCCAGUUCGAGUGAAUUCGCUCGAGUCGUAUCGAACAAAUUCGCCGUCAUCGAAUGCAACGAUUAUAUUAUUAAAAAAGUAUUAAAUUAAAUUCUGCACUAGGCAGUUGGGCGGACUCACUGAAUGUAUAUACGCUUAGCGAAACUUCCCUUCGCUUUCGGAAUUGUGCAUGCGAAAUUCAGUUUUACGCUUACGUAUUAAAAUAUAUAAUCGCACGCACCGUUUCGACUGAAGUGUUGCUAGUGUAUGAGCUUGCCGAUUGAGAUCGUCCGUCACGAAUAUAACAAUAUUAAAUCCGUAAAAAUCUGAACCAUCCUCGUACAUCGGUACGAAGUUUGAUAUGAUUUUAUAUCUACUAGAUAUUCGUGAGUUGUAUUCGAUAAAAUUUCUUAUCAUUGUGAGAAAAUGUGCGAUUUGUGAUGAGCCCUUGCCGUCUCAACGGAUUGUAUUUAUAUUCCUAUAUUUAUUCUACGUGUGACCCCGUAGUUAACGUGAACACAGCUGUCCCAUCAAGACAACGAAUCGGGGAAUUUAGGUUGUUUCGUAUUGAAUAUAUUUAAUCGAUAUAUAGUUGUAUGUGUGCGAGUACAAAUGGAAAUGUCGUAUGUAACUACUAGGUAAAUACGCUUACGUAAAGCAAUAUUCGUGGGGCAUAGCCGUGGAUUGUGGAGUUUGUUUCUGUCGAGGUGAACAUUCCAGUGAAGCGUUAAAGGUUCGGUAACUCGGCCGUGAAAAUAAUUAUUAACUGGAUCUUAAUGCAAUGAACGCAAGGUUCGUAAUCGAUUGGCAACGACAGUAUUCGGUAUCGUAUAGGGAAAUACAUCAUCGCUUUAGGCUUGUUUUCAAUGUACUCAAACCGUUAUUACUUGUCUUUGCUCACAAAAUGUACCAAAGAUGUUUAUCGUAGUUGUUUUGUAGACAAAUGUUUGAUUCCCGAACGAUACAAUACGCACUGCCUACCAAAAUUGUCUAUGUUUUUAUUUAUUAUCUAUUUCACUUAACGUAUAUAAUUUUGGCGGGCAGUUGGUAUGUGUGUAUUUUAUUGGUAAAUAUUAAAUUCCGAUAUUCGAAAAUGAUUGGAUUGGUCGAAGCAUAUCGCAACAGUGAUACAUAUCGUCUUAUAAUAGGUGUGUCAAACUGUAAGCUAUUUUGGGAUUUUGUACUAUGGAUUUAGAUCCAUAUCCGCGUGCAGUUAUUUUAAAGAAUUUAUACACAUAUGUCGAUUAGUGUUUCGAACAUUUGCCUACAAAUGUUUGUCGAAGUUAUAUAAUAAAAAAGUAAUAUGAAGUUUUAUAAUAGAAAUGAAAUUAAACUUUAUCAUACUCUGUUAAAUAAUUGCUUAAUCUAUUGCGUCGGAUAAUGGGUUGCCAAAUAUAUGAAUUUACGCGGUGAUCCCAUAACAACACCAGUAGACACUGCCACUCCAUGCGUAAUAUAGUAUUAUUUACAAGAAAUUUGAAGGACAUGUGCCAAAAAUGGACCAUUCGGAAUCAAAUAUGGCUGGAAUGGUAUUGUCUAUGGACGUUCGCUUCAGUAUAUGUAUGAGAUAUUGAGUAUUUACACAAUUGAUGUGUAGUUGUUAGAUUUCAUAUUUUGAUGAGUGUAUAUUAAGAAUGGCUUAGGGCGAGAUCUACGUGAUUAUUUUUAUGAAGUCGAAUGCAGUUCAAAUGUGAAAUAAAUGAUAAUGUUCAUACACGGCGGAGUCGCCCUCGCAGUGCGGGGCCGCUCUGUUUUGCUACGUCUGUGUAAAUAUUUAUUUUAUUGUCUCUGCACAUUUAAGUUGUCUAUGUUUUUUCCUUAAGUCUUAUUUACAUAGAAACGUUAAUAUAAGUAAGAUUUUGUUUAUUUUUUUAUGUUAUUUUUGUGUAUUAUAAUGAAAUACAAUGUGUAGAGACGUGUUCGAACGUAGUGAAACGGGAAUUGCCACGGUACUAGAUACGACAUGUUUUCUGAAGCCUAAGACUUGUUUUAAAUUCAGAUUAUUUAUAUAAUUUAUUAAUUAGGUAAAAAAAUAACGUUUAUAAUGUAUAUUAUUGAUUUGCCUCUGUGGACAGUGGUCCAAAAUGGUCACAUGUUAAGUUUUAGGGAAACUAUAAUAUUAUUUGUUCGCUCAGUUAUUUGAGUAGAGUUGGCAACACACAAAUCUUUCAAACGCAAACUUGCACGCCACUUGAACAAGCACAGAUUAUACUUGCGUACAAAGGCGCCUGUGUUGCCAGCUCGGUACCCGCUGACCGCAGGAGGCGCGCUGGCGUUGUUGCUGUUAGCAAUUUAUCGUUGAUCAGUGUAAAGUCUAGUCUUUAUUCUGUUUUUAUUCUUUAUCGAUAUAAUAUCUAUAUAUUUACGAAUUGAUAUUUGAAUACGUGCGAUUUCGCCCCCCGGGGCUCGUAGGCUCGUGGUUAGUUAGUGUAUAAGUACAUUUAAUGUAAAGAAUAUACAGUUAUUAAUCUCUGUUCUCCUUUCAGUAUUUGUGGUGUAAGUUUUUUUUUUAUGAGGAUCAUAUGCGAUAUGACAAGUGUGACGGCUCGCAUGCUUGUGUGGUCGUGAGUGGAUGCCGGAUGCUUUGUUUUGUUAAUGUACUGUUACAUUCGAAUAGUUUUUCGCCGCCGCCCGAGCGACGGUUUGAACUCGUUUAUGGUAAUGUAAAUGUUGCUUUAUAAUGUCUACAAAAAAUAUAUAAUCCCAUAUA